UGUGCCCUGACAUAAAUGACUUUUCAGAUGUAACUCCUAUACUUGUUUAAACACGUCAGAUCGCUUUCCCUUUGGAGCCACAAUGUGACAGUGAUGCCCACAGUGCGCGGCAUGUCCUAAAAUGCUUUCCGUACGGCCAGCUCUACACAGCCCCAUAGAGCUGCCGCGUCUGAGCUCUGGCCGGAAGUGACGUCGCUGUUUGAGGCUGCACGUGGGUGCAGGCGUGGCUGAACUGCACCAGGAGACAUGGGGAAGGCAGGGAAAUUGCGCUCCGGUAUUGCCGGGAAAGCUAAACGUUGGAAGAAGGGACACAGUAGCGACUCUAACCCCGAGCUGCGGCGGCACAGAGAAGCUGCUAGAAGCCUAUUCUUCAGCCGGCCUUCAUGUAAAAGUGACCUCACGGUAGAUGCUCUUAAGCUCCACAAUGACCUCCAGUCAGACUCCCUGUCUGUGCAGAAAAAAUCGGAGAAAUCCGAAGCGCUUAUGGAAGAUGAGGAUGAAAUGGCGAUAACUGAGAAAUCUGGAGUUUCUUUCCUGAGCGGCCUGUCUGACUGCACUAAUCUUACAUUUGGAAAAGUGCAGAGGUACUGGGAGUCCAACUCGGCUGCACAUAAGGAGAUCUGUGCUGUGCUGGCUGCUGUUACUGAAGUUAUUCGCUCUCAGGGAGGGACUGAGUCAGAGACUGAAUACUUUGCUGCUCUGAUGACUACUCUAGAAGCUGUAGAGUCCCCUGAGUCGUUGGCUGCAGUUACAUAUCUGCUUAAUCUGGUUCUCAAGAGGGUUCCUGGACCUGUUCUUAUCAAGAAGUUUUCUGACACAUCCAAGGCCCUUAUGGAUAUUAUGGCUUCCCAAGCAAGCAGCAGCAACACCUCCGCUAUGAGAUGGAUUGUCUCUUGUCUGGCAGUCCUGCUUCGCAAGCAGGAUCUUCUCACAUGGACCUACCCCUCAACCGUCCAAGUCUACCAUGGACUGCUCAGCUUCACUGUCCAUACAAAACCUAAAAUCCGCAAGGCGGCCCAGCUAGGAGUGUGUUCCAUCCUAAAGGGCAGUGAGUUCAUGUUCAGUGAAUCGGCACCUAAACACCACCCAGCUGUACAUACCACGGCUAAAUUCUGUAUCCAGGAAAUAGAGAAGUCUGGAGGUAGUAAAGAAGCCACUACAACCUUGCAUAUGCUGACUUUGCUAAAGGAACUGCUGCCCUGUUUCCCUGUCGGUAUGGGGAAAUCUUGCUGUGAGACCCUGCUAAAGGUCAUGACGCUAAGCAAUGUGCUCAUUGAAUUAAAUCUAUAUCCAGGACUUCCACUGGACUCUUAUGACUUCCCUCGAAGCUGGCUAAUCCCGGUGAUACGCGACCAUGUGAAGAACACGGAGCUCGGUUUCUUUACCAAGUACUUCCUGCCUCUGGCUGCCAAAUUAAAGACUCGCGCUGCUGAAUUAUCUCAAGAAGGACGAAAUCUUGAAUCAAAAAUUUAUGAAACCCUCCAGUGGCAAAUCUGGACAAUGUUACCCGGAUUUUGCACCAAACCCACAGAUGUUGUAGAUUCCUUCAAAGGAAUUGCACGCACCCUGGGAAUGGCAAUCAGUGAUCGUCCAGACCUCAAACUUACGGUCUGCCAAGCUCUGCGCUCACUUAUCAACAAGGGGUACGAAGCAGGUAAACCCAUCUAAAGUGAUGUUAAUUUAAGUCUGCGGCACAAACUGUAGUGCUGUGUAAAACUGUACCUUUCGUUAGCCAACCCAGAGAUGGUCAGCGGGUUUUUGGAUAAAGCAUGUGUCAAACUUACAGAAGCUGAGACUUCCGAGCCCACAAGGUUAUAUAUGCUGGACCUGAUCAUUGCCAUGGCCCCGUAUGCAGAUGAACCCUCCAUGACUAAGGUCUACGACACUAUAUUGCCAUAUCUGGAGGACAAAAAUCACAGUUUACAGAAGAAAGCCUAUAGAGUCUUGGAGGAAAUAUGUGGAGGGGAACAGCCUCCAUGCAAAGAAUUAGUAAAUAACAAUCUUGAAAAGCUAAAGAAUACACUCUUGACUUCCCUAAAAAGUGCCUCAUCCCCAGCUAAAAGGCCUCGCUUGAAGUGUCUGAUCCAUAUUGUGAAACAACUGGCUGCGGAUCAUGACGAAUUUAUAACAUCCCUUAUUCCCGAGGUGAUGAUUUGUACCAGAGAAGUGUCCGUUGGAGCACGCAAGAAUGCAUAUACGUUACUGGCAGAGAUUGGAUACGCUUUCCUGCGCUUCAACUAUGAUCAGAAAGAGGCUAUGGAGCAGUACUUGGCUGUUGUCUAUGCAGGACUGACUGGUUCCGUCACCAUGAUCAGCUGCUCCGUGCUGACACUCACACGGCUCUUGUUUGAAUUCAAAGAUCAGAUGGGCCUGGAUGUGAUUGAGCAGUUGUUGGAGAACGUCUGCCUCCUCUUAGGAUCCAGAACACGGGAAGUUAUUAAAGCUGCGCUGGGUUUCAUCAAAGUCAUAAUCUUCAUUAUGGACAUAAAAGUUCUGUCCAACCAGCUGCAAAUGAUGAUGGAAGCUAUAGGAAAUAUCAACAGUGACAUGAGGCGCUUCUUCCGAGUGAAGCUGAAAAACAUAUUCACCAAGUUUAUUCGAAAGUUUGGGUUUGAGCUGGUAAAAUCUAUGCUGCCUGAGGAUUACCAUAAAGUCCUAGUAAACAUCCGCAAGACUGAAGCAAGAAAUAAGAAACAGAAAGCAUUAAAACAAGCUGCAGCAGAGGGAGAGGAGGAUGAUCGAGAAACCAGAAAACUGAAGGGAGAUAGCAUAGAAGACAUUUUGGCUGAUUCUGAUGAAGAAGAGGAGGAGGAAGAGAAACCAAACAAACAGCAAAAGAAACAGGCCCGGCAGAAGAGCAAAGCUUGGCUCAAAGAAGGAGAAGAAGAUGAACCUCUAAAUUUCCUUGAUCCUAAAGCUGCACAGUGUGUACUGGCUACAAGGCCAAAUGCAAAGAACACCAAGCUCAAGCACGACUUCAAGACUUCGUCGGACGGGCGUCUCAUAAUCCAAGAUGAUGAAGUAAAAGAAAAAAAAAAUCCGACUGCAGCUGUUGAUGAAGAAAUGGCAGAUCUCAUGCAGGAAGUGGGAAUUCGAAGUAAAAAAGCUCAGAAGAAGAGAUUUCGAGAAGAUGACGAUGAUGAUGACGCCACGGACAAAAAACCACAGUAUAAAUCUGGAGGCUCGGGAAUACACAGACCAUUCUCCAGAAAACCAGAAAUUGGAGCAAACUACAAACCUAAGAAAGGAAAAGGCGAUGUGAAACAGAAAGGCAAGCACGAUCCAUAUGCAUACAUCCCUCUAAACAAAGCCAACCUUAACCGGAGGAAGAAAGCAAAGAUGCAAGGCCAAUUUAAAGGCAUGGUGAGAGCAGCACAAAGAGGAGCACAGAGUGGACUGAAAAAGAGAAAAGACAGAAAGCUUUAAGGUUUCAUCUUCAAAGGGCAAGAUUGUGUUUGAAGCAGUGUGCGUAAUACAGAGCAGCCGACCUCUCUUGAACCGCUCACCCGCUAGGAAGAAGUGUGUCGCUCUGCCAUGUUUAUCUAUCAGGACAAGACUUCCUAGGAAACUGCCUUUAUAAGGCUUCAGAGAACAAGUUAUUAAUUUCCCGUUUACAUCAAUUACUGUCAUACAUAAACUGCAGUGGAAGCUCUGUAAACUACAACCCAUUAAAAUAUAUCAUCUGUUUGUAA